ACCGAGCGGCACGCACGUGCCCCGUGAGGUGCGUUAGAGGAAGUCAGGAGUGACCGCGUUAGAAACUGCAUCAUCGCGUGAGAAAACAAUCAGACCUGGCUGAAAUCCCAGCGGACUCCACUGCAACAGAGCUCGCGCAUUCCGAGUUCAGUCAACCAAUUAAAGCGCUUGUUUAUACCACGUGACUUCACAGCGACAGUCAAGGCGACGCGACUUUUUAAGAAAAAAGUACCACGCUAAAAAGGUUUAAUGCCGUUUUCUUGGACAAGGAACGGCAACAUUGCGCAAUGCGCCAUUGCCAGAGAACCCUCUAAAAUGCUUAAUUACUCCAUCUUACAAUUACAGAAUGUCCUAAGUAAGCGAUAGAACACGAUGGAGCAUGCAGUUAUAGAAAAAUAAUCCAAUAUGGGGUACUGUGAUAGCAACAAUUAGUAAAUAAUAAUAAUAACGGCUUAUAUUUGCAUUUAAUGUUGUGGUACAUCCACAAGACUAGAUAGUUCCUGUUAUCACUUAUGUUAUAGCAGCUAUAAACAGUCAUUCUCUCACCAGCAGGGGCGGAGCAAAGGCGAGAAAUGUUCAGAGCCUCCUUAUUAAUAAUAUCUUGUUGUAUAUUAAAAAAUAAUAGUGGUAGUAAAUGCAACCUCAAACAUGAAUGGGCACACACGCAUCUAUUCAACAGUCGGGAUCAGCACACCAAAACAGUGUAGGCUAGGCUUGGGUAUUGUGUUCAGCAAUCUUUCAAAUCACAAACGGUCAGUAUCGUGGGUUUAUUAUUUUAUUUAUUGUUUACAAAAACAAUACAUUCCAUUCCAGGGUCAUAAUAGUUCACAAAACAAAACAGAAGAGUAAAGGCUUUCAGCAACGACUAGGCCUAACUUAGACCAAAACACAACAGUGCAGUAUUACCAACUACAAACAAACAGAUAACUUAAAAGUCCAUUGACCGCUCUAACCUGUUAUGUUAUCCGACCUAAACAAUCAGACAGUCUGAUUAAGAAAAAUGAGCAUCUGAACGAACUCAUUAAACACGUUCAAAGGGGGAAAUGAGAACAAUGCAUUUCUGAACCAGGUUAUAGGCUACACAACAAAUGCCAUUUAGGCUAUUUAAAGCUUCAUCUUCCUUGCCUUUUCAUUGGCAAAUCUGGUGACUUCCUUGGCAAUGUCAACUUCCCUUUCAAUGCAGAGCAGUGCUAAAUCUGACAGCCGCGACUCACCCGUGCUUGACCGCAAGUAACUUUUGAUGAGUUUCAGACGGCUAAACAUCCUCUCUGCCUGUUACUGCUCUAAAGGGAAAUGAGUCAUAUGUAAACAAAUUGCAACAUGGAAUGGACAUUUGAUCUAUGUUUUUCUUACUUAAAAAGAAAAUCAAUUUACAAAAAAAAAUCUUCAAAACUGGGCCCAGGGUUGUUCGCUCCAACGCCAAGCAAAUGCCACCUCCCCUCCCCCCACCAAACUCCCAUUGCAGAAAACCUACUGACCAAUCCAAACCUCUGACACUGGAGACUCCUUCCAUAAAUGGUCUUUAUUUUAAAAAGCGUCAACAUAUUAAUGACAUCUUGAACACAUUUAUUAUGAGGCUUAGAUUAUGUGCAGCCAUACAAGUCCUUGUAAAUUAGCUGUUACUAUAAAAACAACAACAAAUUACAAUGACAAUCACAUCAAUAUAAACAGGCGAUUUAAAUGACAGCCAGCACUACCGCUGUUGUAGAAAAUGAACCAACACAUUCUGACCGAUCAGGUGCAAGGAUUCAAGAGCACUCAUAUGAAUGUACAGUUGUAUGCAGAAAUUUGGGAACCCCUGGCCAAAUUACAUAUUUUGUAAAAUAAAAAAAAUAAAAUAACAUUUUCUGCAAAUGAUAACUUUUUAAAAAUGAAAAAAAAAAUAAAUAAAUUGUGGCAUGUGCAAAAUAUUGGACACCCUACUAAGUCAUUACUUAGUAACACCCUUUAUGGUACAUACCAGAGCUUGCAAACAAUUUUUGUAGCUAGCUAGGAGUCUCCGUAUUCUUGUUUUUAGUAAAUUUCAACCAGUGUUCCUUGCAGAAUACCAAACAGUUUCUAGUUCAAGAGUUGGGCCAUCUUGCUUAACAUCCUGUUUAACAGCAUGUUUAAGAUCUCUGUCAGGGGACAGUGAGGGGCCAUUCUAAAAGCUUCAGCUUACAUUUCUUGAAGUUGUUCAUGGUGGAUUUUGAGGUAUGUAUCUCUUUUCAGCUUCAGUUUCUUGACUGACUGUUUCACAUUUGUUUCCAGAAUUUUCUGACAUAUUCUGAAAGCCAUUCUACCAUCUACCUGUGCAAUGCUUGCUGUACCACUACCACUAAUAUAUCCACUGUCAGGCUUAACAGUCGCAAAGGUAUUCUUUUCAUUAAAUGCUGCCCUUUUUUCCAAACAAUCUUUUGCGAUUAAGGCCAAAGUGUUCGGGUUUUACUUUAGAUCGCACUUCAGUCUACAGCACUAGGUUCCAAAAGCCUCUGGCUUAUGUAGAUAUUGUUUUGCAUACUUCAUACUGUAUGUUGAUUUCUGUGAUGAGGUCACAGACAAUAUUUCCUCCUGGUGACUUAUCCAUGCAGAUCAGAUUUGUGCAACACUGCACAAUGGUGCACCACCACUCCUCAGCUAAACCUUCCUGCAGGUCCUUGUGUUAUCCAGGGAUUUUGCUUUGCCUUUCUUCCCAGCAGGCUGGCAGCUCUACCCCGACAGUUUUCUUGGUCCUGCAGAUCUUUCCCUGACUUCCACAUUUCCACUAAAUGGCCAUUUCUUAAUGAUGUUUCAGACAGUGGAAAUUGUGAGCUGGAAGCACUUUGAUAUCUUUUUAUAGACUUCCCCUGCUUCAUAGGCAUCAAUUCGAUUCAUUUUCAGAUCCUCAGUCAGCUGCUUAGAGGAGCCCCUUGUUGAGUGUUUAGCAUAAGGUUUGAAGAGUCAGAGAAUUUAUCAAGCUCUGGAAUUGUUAUUCAUAAUGACAGUUCCUGACCUGAGUAACAAUCCUAAUAAGUCAAUUAAGGCCUAAUGUGUUCAUUAAGAUCUGAAGGGUGUCCAAACUUUUUCACAUGCCAUUAUUUUGUAGGGGGGGUUCUCUCUCUUUCUAUUUUUAAUGCGGAACUGUGCAUUAACAUUGUGGGAUUUUUUUUAUAACUAUAAUCUGGAAUAAAUUGUAAAUUAAGAAAUAGGGGAUGUUAGAAUGACCUGGCAACUGUGCAGACCAGGGUUCCUGCUGUGUCUUUAUGCGAGGCUCAUCUCCAUCAGAACUCAGCAACUCUUACCAGGAAAAGAAAGAGGAUAUUACCCUAUCUUAUUCAAUUUACAUUGACAUUAAAGCUUGCCCUUGACAUUCAUAGCCCUUAAUGGUUUAGUACUGACCGAUUUUCUGAAGCACUCGAGCUCAUUGAACCACUUUGUUCUACUACUGCAGUCUUUCUGUUAAUUCAUAGAAUCACAGCUUAGUUGGGGGAAGAUGUUUUUCUUAUAAUGUUUACAUUAUAUAUGCAUUUCUCUUCAGAACAUUCUGAUAUUUCAGUCUAAUUACGAUCUCAAACAUUGUCAAACACCUCCACCUAGCUUGAGGCUAGAUAUAUAAAGAAUCGUGUGUGAGUUAGGUAUUAUAACAUUAUAAGGUAUAGCAAUUCUAACAAUUAAGAAGGUGUAAUAGCUAUUGGACAAAUUUAUUGUUUUAUUCUCCAAAGACAAUUUACGUGGAGCUGGGACUGUGUAAAAGUAGAAGGAUAUUACUUGUUUAUUUGUUUAGAUUACACGAUCUACAGAUUUUUUUAGGCACUUUCAAGAGAACAACAGACUGAGAACGUCAGCCCAGACUUUUCUAGACCCAGCCACAGAUUACAACUCCUGCAAGAUGUUCCCGCGCCAAGUGGGAAAUAUAAUCUCUCCAGCAGACCCAGUUCAAAGGUCCUCCAGAUCUGGCUCAGAAGAAAUCUCGCCAUGUGGGCAACAGGAGUGGGCCUCGAGCCUGGAGGACCAAGCAGAACCUCUAGAAGUGAACCAGACACAAGUGCUAAAUGAUUGUUCAGUCGGGAAGAAGAGGCCACGGACACUAGACCUGGCACCGGUUUGCAAAAAUGACCCGGAUCCCGAGGUGAAAACCCUCAAUGUGGACUUGAGCGCAGAGAAUUCCCCUUCUGCGAACACAGAUGAGAACAACCUUCAAGAAAUGUUGUUGCCCGUUGUAAAACUGCACAGGGUGAAGCUCGAACAAGAAGAGAAGCAAAUUCCAGUAUCAUUACCCGACACUGACCUUCCUACAGACUCAGGUCAUUCGUACAGCCCUGAAUCCUCUCAGAGCAUGCUCAGUCCCAGCACAGGCGGACUUGAUAAUGCCUUGAUCCCAGAGGUGACCGAGAGACAAGAGCUCCACAACACGGCUCAGCCGAAUCAGACGAUGAGCAUGGAGAACGUGAGUAAAGAGGUCCACGGUGAAGUGCUGUAUAAAUGUUCACAUUGCCGAAAGUCAUUCACAGAACUGAAAAAUCUACAGAUGCACCAGCAAGCUCAUGAGCGAGCCUUCGGCUGCAACUGGUGCGGCAAGGGCUUCUACCAGUCUGCUGACCUUCGGCGCCACUUGCGCACACACACCGGAGAAAGGCCCUACUUAUGUACCUGGUGCUCCAAGAGCUUUAGCCAGAGGAGCAACCUGCGGCGACACAUGCGUAUUCACACAGGAGAGAGGCCAUACCGGUGCGCCCACUGUGAGCGCAGCUUCAGUGACAGCCACACGUUGAAGAAACACCAACGCAAACAUUACGACGAGCGCUACAAUUGCUCGCUCUGUGACCAGAACUUCACUGUGGCCAGGUCACUGCAGCUUCACCUGGUAAAGCAGCACCUCAUCGACAAAGACAGUCAAAGUCAACAGCAAGUGGGCUUUCGGAAUCAAACAUAGACUAUACCUCUCCUCUCUUACCAACCCCGGUGUUCUGAAGUAUUGAACUGCCUGAUAUUUUAAAAUAUUAUUAUGUGUUUUGCAAAAGCACACAGUUUGGCCAUGCAGUCAUUUAGGAAAGUCAGACUGCCUUGUGUAAAACUUUGUGCUUUUUAUCAUACAGUGAUAUGUCCAUCUGAUUCUUAUCAGUAUUAUCUCAUUAUAAAUAUUAUAAACUUA